AAACAAGCUCGCCUACACACUUGUGGAACAAAAAGAUUUGCAACAAACUCAUCUUUUUUUCGUUUUUUCAAAUUGUAGCAUACAAAAACGGACAAGAACUUUUCUAGCCUAUAGGGCAUCUCAUAUUGGACGGGUAGAAGCGGGGUACAUAUGGUUUGGUUGGUGACGACAAGGUGCGCUCCCAACCGAUUAUAUCUCCCCUUGGUUCUGCAUCUUCCAAGUUUAUGUAUAGUUUGUAAAUACUCUUUAGUUUUUGGUUUAUAUAUACAUGAAUAGGGCUUUGCGUCCUGUUUUUUUCUUCAAAAAAAAAUGGACAAGAACCUUGUUUGAGACUCAAAUAUGUGUAUUUGGGGUCAAGUCCGACGGCCAUAUAGAGAAGCUUGAGCUCUUACAUAACAAGAGCCUCUCAUACUUUUGAAAGAGAGAGCAAGAUAUAGAGAGUUAUAAAGAGAGGGAGAGGGAGGGAGCUAAGGCAAAAGAUAUGAAAGCAAAGCAAAGCUUCGGCCAAACAUAUACUCAGAGAUUAGGCUUGGUUGCUCUAUUCGGAUGUAUCAUUGUUCCCGUUAUUUUUAUUGCUCUGAUCAAGUCGAAUUCUCUCCAAUUUUCCAUUCUGAGUUUGCAGCUUUCUAUUAGAACAUAUGGGAGCUUGUCAACCAUGGAGGAAGAUGAAGUCUCGACACGAAGAGGUGCCAAUUCAACAACUCAAUCUCUUCAAUUGAGGGUUGUGCAAGAGAGGAAUGAUUCAAUUAUUGGCAUCGAUAACGAAUUGAUAAAAUUAGCCCUUCCUUCAAAUGAACAGCCUAAUGUAAACAAAUCAAAUGCAGAAGUUGUCAUUAAUAAGAUGCCACUUGAUCAAAAUAAAAAGCAAGAUGUAAAUAGGUUGAUUGUUGAUAUUGAGAUGACAAAUCAACCUCUUGCUAUCGAGAAUAAUAAAGAGGCAGAAGUGGCUAAUAUCUCAAACGAUGAGAAACAAGAGCAAAUCUAUUCAGUUAGCUCCUUUAAUUCUAGCGAUGUACAUAGCAUAGAAAAUGAGAAAAUAGAAGUGGCUUCCAACGUGAAUAAAACUCAAGAUUUGAAAGAAAAUCAGGAUGAAAACAAGAUAAUAGUAGCAGGUAAUAAACAGGAGGAUAUGACCAUUGACUCAAGUGAGCGGCCAGAGCAAAAUCACGCAAUUGAAGUCCAAGAGAGCAAACUAGUGUGUGACUUCUCACAACCAAGAUCGGACACAUGCUCUCUCCUUGGUGACAUCAGAAUCCUCCCCAAAACCUCAAACAUCAUCUUAGUAUCCCUGCCACCAUCACAAAAUUCAACGGUCAGGAUUCGACCGUACGCCCGAAAAUGGGAGCGACCAGUCAUGCAAAAUAUCAAAGAAGUCUCGAUAUCUCCACCGCCCGAUCCCGAUCAAGCCCCCUCUUGCUCAGUGAAGCACACCGUGCCGGCAGUCAUAUUCUCCACGGGAGGAUUCCUUGGAAACUUCUUCCAUGACUUCACUGAUGUAAUAGUCCCCUUAUUCACAACUUCCCGCCACUUCCAAGGGGAGGUCCAGUUCCUGGUGACCGACUUCAAUUCCGAUUGGAUCGCCAGGUACCGGCCCAUACUCGGCCAGCUUUCCAAAUACGAAGUAAUCGACAUGGACCGGGAGGCCUCAGUCCACUGCUUUUCGAAGGCCCAACUAGGCCUGCUAAGCCACAAGGUGCUCGGAAUCGAUCCGUCCUUGACCCCAAAUAAUUAUUCCAUGCUCGACUUCAAGCAAUUCUUGAGAUCUUCCUUCUCUCUGAACAGAGAGUCUACGAAAGUGAUGCCGAAAAAUUCGAAGAGGAAGCCGAGGCUACUAAUGAUACUACGGAAAGGGUCGCGAUCGCUGAUGAAUGCGAAAGAAAUUGUGUCGAUGGCCCGAUCCACAGGCUUUAAGGUUGUCACUGCUGGGCCCGAAGAAACGAGAGACCUUGCUAAAUUCGCGAAAAUUGUGAACUCCUGUGAUGUGAUGAUGGGAGUGCAUGGAGCUGGGCUGGGCAAUAUGGUCUUUUUGCCGACGAAUGCGAGCUUGAUUCAGAUAAUUCCUUGGGGUGGGCUUAAAUGGGCUUGCUGGCAUGAUUUCGGCCAGCCCGCGUUCGGUAUGGGCCUUAAUUAUGUGGAGUAUGAGAUAAAAGAGGAGGAGAGUUCUCUGAUAGAGGAGUAUCCAAGGGAUCAUGCAGUGUUUAAAGAUCCUUUGUCAAUUCACAGACAAGGCUGGAAUCAGCUGUGGUCUAUAUUUCUUAAUAAGCAGAAGGUUAAGCUUGACGUGGGUAGAUUUAGGGGUGUUUUGUUGGAAAUCUAUAGGUCCCUUAAAAAUUAAACCAGGGAUUACAGCAAAAAAAAAAAAAAAAAAUCUUCAUUUCACAUGAUUAUGCGGAUCUUUUUGUAAAGAAAGCGUGAAUCACGAAUAAUAUAUUAUCGCAUAGAAGGAAAUUGGAAGAAAGUCUUUGCUACAUCAUACGUGGCCUCAAUAAUGUACAUGAUAUAUAUCAGAAAGAAAGAUUUAUUUCAAUUAAAUUGGAAGAAUAUAAUAAUCAUACACACAGCAGUUCCUCUUAUGUUACAUCUCGAAAAACAAUGAUUAUGACCUCUCAUUAUGUUAAUACACAGUACAAGAAAUAAUCUAUGAAAGAGCAUUCAUA